AUGUGUGUGUGUGUCUGCCAGCAAAGGCUGCUGGUAUCUUCUGCCUCAUCCAUGGAGACAGGCAGUGUAGGAGAAGGUAGCCUUUGUGCAUGAACUACUGCAAGAGUGGAAGAUAAUAUGCGUUCCAUGGGGAGAGUUCUGGCAAAUAUUUAAGGGGGAAAAAGUGCAGUUGACCACCACAUGCUGAACUUUCUUAGCACCCCCCAAAACAUAUCAGGAGAUAAAUAUCGGAAACUAAGAAUAAAGAGUGCUGAAAAAAAAAUAAUCAAUAUUUCUAGCAGGCGGUGAUGGACAAAGUGGAAAAAUAGCUACCGGCGUGACAGCUCACUUACACAUGUAACCUGGUGUCUGUGAUCAAGUCCUGGUCAAGAGACCUUAGAGAGCUACGAGUUACAGUACUACAGAUACGUAAGUUUCCUGAGCCCAAGUAUUCAUCUAUUACCCGAGGCAUCUACUUCUCAAAACUAAGAAGAGGAGUAGGGAAGAGAGCAGAGCACACACGUCUAGAAGUAGUGUCAACACAGACACACUAGCGGUGACGGAUUAACCAUUCCAAAGACUGGUGGAGGUGGUGUGUGUGUGUGUCUACGUAAACUGUCGUCAGAGAUUUCUCGUCCAUCGUGUGGGAGAUAUGACUUGUGUUGGAUCAUGACACGCUGGAUGUCAAGUAAUCUCAGAUUGGUUCUGCUGACUGCUGUUGUCGUAGGAGUCACUGCAGAAAUCAACAUUGACGGAGAAGGAGUUCAGGAAUGGGCCAAAUCAUUUGGAGAGGCGCUAUAUGAGUUGAGUCUCAAAUACAGUGGAGCCGAGUUCAUCAGGAAUGAGUACAAACGUCGGGAUGAUCUACGGGUUGAGAGGGUGGAUGGAAUCAAAGUGGUGCAGGAGAUGGCAACCAGGAUGGAGAGCAUGCUGGAGAACAAGGUGCUAGCUGUUGAAAAACUUAGGAACACGGUGGAAGAGGCUCAUGAAAGGCAUGAGUACGAUCCAGACCUUCAGUUUGAAUACUUCAACUCCAACCUCAUCAACACGAACACUACUGGCCGCAACGACAGAGAUGCCAAUUUACGCAAGCCGUUUGCUCUGACACCCAACGAUCACUUCAACGACAUACCUGUCAAUAUUGUCAAUAGCACUGUCCAAGUUGCUGCCAAUGUGUAUAACUUUGGUCCUGAUGUUUUAAAUGGUAUCAAGGAGACAGAGGUACUUAAUGACGUUUUUCAAGAGAACUACGAGAGAGAUCCAACGCUCACCUGGCAGUACUUUGGCCACAAUACUGGAUUUUUCAGGAACUACCCAGGAAUUGAAUGGGAGAAAAACAGCAUGGGUCUAGAUCUGUAUGACUGCCGUAAGCGAGGCUGGUACAUAUCUUCAGCAACUUCGCCCAAGGAUGUCGUCAUCCUUAUUGACACCAGCGGGAGUAUGACCGGCUCGCGCAUUAAUGUGGCCAAGCAUACCGUCAACACCAUCAUGAAAACGCUGGGAGAUGAUGACUUCUUCAAUGUCAUCUCGUUUGGAGAUGCCACGUCAUUCAUCCAGCCAUGUUUUAAUGGAACUCUCGUCCAAGCCAAUGCAGAUAAUAAAAAUCUUAUUGAGCAAGGUCUGAAACAGAUGGCAGCUCCCAAGAAUAUUGCAAACUUCCAGUUGGCACUGACGGAGGCAUUCGAACUCCUGGAAUCUUUCAAUAACACUGGUUUGGGAGCUCGUUGCAACCAGGCGAUUAUGUUGAUAACAGAUGGUGCCCACGAGACCUACGAGGAACUAUUUGACAAGUAUAAUGAAGACCGACAUGUACGCGUCUUCACAUACCUGAUUGGGGCAGAUAUUAAAGAUGAUCCCAAUGUACAAUGGAUGAGUUGCAACAACAAAGGAUAUUACACAAGAAUUGGUGCUCUUGCUGAUGUUGAGGAAAAUGCCUCGAAAUACAUCCAUGUGUUGAGCCGUCCAAUGGUCAUCGAGCAGGACCACAUCACGAUUUGGACUAAUGUCUACAUGGACACCCUGGGUUUACAACUGAUGACAACUGUCUCUCAGCCUGUCUUCAACAAGAAGGAGAGCAAUAGGGAGCAAGGUAUCCUGCUUGGAGUAGCAGGCGUAGACGUUCCUGUGAAAGAACUUCUUAAGUUAACGCCAGCAUACAAAUUGGGGGUGAAUGGCUAUCCCUUUGCUAUCACCAACAAUGGCUACAUUUUGUACCACCCUGACCUACGACCCAUGGGUGAGAAUGGAGAGCUGAAGCCCAACUACAACAGUGUAGACUUGGCUGAGGUUGAACUGUCUGACAGAGAUGAACAGGAGUAUGAAAGAACGUCUCUAGAACUAGAUCAAAAUAAGCUACGCACAGCAAUGGUCGACAGAAAGACAGGCUACAUGAACAUGACAGUCAGGAUACACUCCAAAGAUAUGAAACGUUUGCAUUUCCGGUUGAAUCACUAUUUCUAUACAGACUUGGCCAAAACACCAUUCAGCCUUGGGAUUGUCAUGUCGGACAAGGCCGGUGGCCUUAACCAGCUCUAUGGAUUUGAGACCUUCACUGUUCCCAUUGCCAACAGCAAUGGGAGUGCCGUUGGUGAUCUUUGCUUACUAAUGGAAGGUUUGGAAAAUCUAUUCAAUGAAACUGAAGACACGAUUCUUGCAAAUUGGAUUUUCUGCCAGCUGAAUAACACUGAAGGCAUGACCAUGACUAGACCUCAGGCUCUGGAGAAGUACCUCCGAAUAGCCAUGGAGAAUGGUGGCAUCCUCAGUGAGAAAUGUGACCCAGAGCUGAUUAAUCAUGUGAUAUUUGAUGCCAAGGUUACUCAACCCAUCGUAGCCUACUGGCAAGAAAUCUAUGGAGCACCUCCACCAACAGCCCCACCAAAACUUUCAAAUGAAACCCUUGCCCAAUUGGCUUUGUACCAAGCCCUCUGUGACAAUGAAACAGCAGUAACCAAACUGCAUACACUGGCAGCCGGCAGUGUGAAUAACUCAGACAUACUUGUCAUAAACACUACGGAUGGAUGGUUUUCGGGGCCGCCAACUACCUAUCCGAAUGCAACCAAGAUUGCAGACAAUGCAACCGAUAUUCCAGUUACCGUGAAUUUGACCUCCCCGACGUUUCCUUGGUUGAGCCAAGGAGGCCAACCGUCAGAUCGGGAGGACGACAUUGCCACAUCAAAUGCCCCAGAACUGACAACAUACAAUUCAAGUGUUUGGAAUGGCGUCGUGUUGUCGUUCGUUGGUACAAAAGGGGGCUUGACUAGAAUUUUCCGCAACCCGUUUGCCACCCAACAAAGCAACUUUGCCGAAGACUUUAUAAAUACUAUUGAGGAGGAGUAUUACCAACGUGCAGCAGAAAUAUCAACUGACAAAUUCAUUUACUCUGUUCCACUCCAAACUGUUGGACAGACAGUAGAUGGGUCGGCACCCCUGCUUACCGCCAGCACAGCAGUGUUAGUGGCACAGGACGAUAACAGAAGCAUUGCAGCAGCUGUUGGCUUUCAAAUACUCUCUGACUCUCUGAGAGACAUGCUCAUGGACGCUACUGUAAUGCGAAGACCGGGCUGUAAUGAGGUGGCUUUUGACUGUGAACUCACCUGUUAUAAUGAGUCAGUGGACUGUUAUCUACUUGAUGAGCAUGGAUAUAUUAUUAUAUCCAAGGAACAAGAAGAGAUUGGGAUGCAUUUUGUCUCGGUUACGAAACAUGCUCGAGUGUUUGACAGAAUGUUGGAAAGUGGCAUCUACACAGAGAUAAAGCAAAUUGAUUACCAGGCCAUGUGUGAAGAGAUAGUCCAGGACACAAGUGCAGCAUCACACCUGUUGGAUCCGUUAAUAUCCAUCAGCACAUUCUUGAUGGGCUUCACAAAACAGAUGCUCUUGCUUCUGUCCCAUUUGGGGUUGUAUUAUAAUUGGGAGGUGUCAUACACUGAAGCUGCUGUCACAGCUGAUAAAGUUGUCUACACACCGUGCGACAAAGAAAUUACCUUUUAUAGUGCUGGUAGUGGCCGUCUACCUCAGACGAGUUUCAUUCAAAAGAGAUGUGAUGACUGCAAGAAGUCUUAUAGCAUGGAGGCUGUUCCCCAUAGCAACCUCUUACUGCUCAUGGUAGACCAGGACUGCACAUGCGAUGUCCUGAGACCUAUCAACCUGGAGCCCGUCAGAGUGGAAUAUAACAGUUCUCAAUGGUGUGAAAGGUUACGAACCCAGGUGCAUCGUAGACGGCCUGAGUAUUGUCAUUCUCAGCAUCCUAUGGAGAAUUCCACAGAUUGUGGUCGAGGUGCGUGGCUUUGCCCCUCGUUGCCAUGGAUACUAUCAAUGUUGCUCGUCAAGUCCAUCCUUACGCAGAUAUCCUCCAGGUCGUGACAACACGCCACCUAGUGACCAGAUAUUGUAUGGACAACGAAACAAUGAAGGCUGGCCUUCGGUGUGACUACUUUUUCCAGUUUAGAAUCUGAGAUCUUCUUAUUUCUUUGUAUGGGGUCAUAAUAGUUGUGUGAAAGACCCAUUGGUAUGCUAUUUUCUCAUAUCAAUGCCGUUCUAGUGUUGUAUUUCUUUAAAAUGGAUAAAUGCCAAUAUUUCAAAACUAAUAAUAGAUAUUCAUGGUCUCUUUUGAGGAUGCAAACGUACAAACAUUAAUCAGCCUGCACAGUGAGAGGUUAUAAUCUUCAAAGCCUUUUAUCCAGACUCUUAAAAAAAUUACAUCGAAGAUGAGGUCAUGUAUUUAAAAGACCUGAUUGUCCAAAGUGGAAUGUUUAUGGUAAGGAUGUCUGAUUAACAGUCUAACAGAUGUCUGACAAUAACAGUGAUGUUAUGAUGAACGGCCCCAAACCCACAAAAACAGAAAUGGAGAGCUUCUAAACCUAAAAAAAAAAAAAAUUCAAGUCCAAACCACAGAUGUUAUGUACAAAUCUUUUGAAUUCAAGGCAAAACUCUACCCCUGAACAUCUGCAGUUUCCCCUCUGUGCAAAAAAAAUACAAAUGCAUUCAAUAUGCACUUUUCACCUCUUAGGGCCAUCACACAAAUAUAUCAGCAAUUAAUAUGAUUGAAAGCUGCAGUGUUGUCCAGCAAUCAAAAUAAUCACAAUUUGUACUCAUUGUAAUAACUUUUUCCUCUUCUUGACAGCUUAGUAAAGACAAAGACACUAGAGCUCCUUUGCUAUCAUAUUCCAUGCUCAUAUGUGUUCCUCUGCAAAAUGCCACCUCUUUGUGCACAUUCAGAUGAAAAUUGGUCCCAUAAAGAGGUUUGUACACUCUCCAUGAUCUUAUCUGUUUUUUUCAUUGCCUGGCUUUGCCUUGCACUUUUAGAGAGCAACAUUCAAAUUAAAUAUAAAUGCUUCAACAUUUGAGCUGACAGCAUGUCGUUCAAUGUUUGAAUGGCAGUGCGUCACUUUUUCUGAGUGAACGACUCCAAAGUCAAGGGGUUAAAAAAAAUCUGGCAAAUCCCGAGACGGAGAUGAGGCCAAGUACUGGGAAAACACACAAUCCAGUAUCUACUGUUUGCAAAUAAAAACCCACAAAGCUGUGCAUUAUUACGUAAGUUGCUACAGUUAACAAAUCUCUCCUUACUAUGUCUGCUAUUUAAAUUGUAUAUCUGUAAAUAUAUGAUUUUUUAAAAGAAAUCACAGCGUACAUAAUGCCAGAAUCCUCUGUGGGGAUGCAAGGGUAGCAACAUAUAACCUUCCAAGUUAUACUCUCUUUUAAGAGGUUCGUUCAAAUUUCUUACAAUUUUUACAGAGCCUAUUUAUUGAGUGUGCAUGUGUGAUGCCAAAUCUUGUGUAAUAUGCUUUGGUGUUAUACAUUUGUGUGUAAGCACAACGUUUUAAACUUCAGUUGCUGCUGGUAUACAGAUUGAUUUCAAAAAUAGAAAGAACCUCGCAUCUUUAGCUGAUGCAUUCCAACAGCACAUUGGAAAAUUUGAGCACACUCAAACUUCAAACUACAGCCAAGUUUAACUUUGCAUUUGCCUGUGAUUGGAAUCCACUUAAGUUGCAAAAGGGUUUCUUGAGUGAUUUUUCGAGGUGCAUUCGAGGUUGAAAAUAUUUGUCAGCCCCAGUAAUACUUAAAACCCAUCAGUUGGUCUUUUGUUUUUUGAGACAGUUGCACUGUCAUUUUUCGAAGGUGGUGUUGCAUUUGUGGGAUAGUUUUUUUUUGGAAAACAAAAAUUGUUCUAAACGGUUUUAAAUUCCUACGUGGAUGUCCUCUCAAACCGAUGCACCCUCAAACCAUUAAAUCCACAAAGAUACCACAGGAAAGGAUUGUAAGCUUGUACCCAGCUGCUGUCAGUUGGUCUUUUGUUUUUUAAUUAAGUCAGUUGCAGUGUCCUUUUUAGAAGAUGGUGUUGCAAUGGUGUGAAAUUAAGUUUGCAAACUUGCAGAAAUGUAUAUUAGUUUCAUUGGGAUCGUCCUUCAAUUUGUUUCUUUGAAUGCAUUCCUUUAAAACGCAGUUGCGUAUUACCAGAUUUUUUAAAGCAACCACUGCAGAGAAAAAUGUUCAGAGAUAUUACAAAACCAGCCCUGCAUCGUCUUUAUUUUUUUCAGCCUAUUUACAGAAUUGUAUUCAUUGCUUUGAAAUGUUAUCGUGUUUUGUUACUUUGAUACAUAUUUGCUUAAAACGGAUCGCUAAUCACCAUUAAAAAAAAAGGCAUGUCAACAUUUUUCUUAUAUUCUUUCCAAUUUGCAUGUCUCACUAUUAAUAAAAGAGAGAACUUUUUGCCAUUGAAGGCGAGACAUUUUUAGAUUUGUAGAACUGUCACCAUCAUCAAUAGCGUAUCCCGGUUCAGAGGGGGAGCAAAGUUGGGAUUUUUCUCUGCAACAGUCACCAACUUUCUGAUGAAAGAGGGUAGUUGCCAUUCCUAAGUGUUGGCACUUUCAGGUCCCUUAAAACAAUCUGGAUCCACCAUUGGCCAUUGUAAGAGCAUACAGAUGCAUUUCCAUGACAGUUGGAGGUUUAUAAAGAAAACCGGACGAUUUCCACUUUUAAAGCCUAAAUAAAGUAUUAUCUCUGUCUUUGAUCUUGACACCGAUAUUUGUCAUGUUGAUGGUUUCAGACAUAUAUACUGAAGACCACCUUUCUGUGAAAUUUUUAAUACCAUUGUUUAUUUGUAGAACCACACUGGGAUGUUGCUAAUGCACACUAUACGUGCAGUUUUCUCUUUACCCAACAUUAAAGAUUGUAUGACCACUUAUAUUUAAAAAAAAAGUCCACAAUUCAUCUGAUUAAAGUUGAAGUAGUAAUCAGUUCUUGACUUGCUUUCAUGUUUCAUGUAGUUGUUGAAAGCCUGUACCUUUUUCUUUACUAAGGGUUUGAAGGAGAGUUAUAUCAGUAUUUAUGGGUAAGUCCUUCUUUGAGACUGCUGCUCAUCUAAUAACUAGCUUGAUGGUAUUUAAUAUUGAAAGAAUGUCUUCCAACUUGGUGAAGUUUUUUUCAGUUGUGAUAGCUUUAACACUUGUCCAUAUAUCUGAAAUAUUUGACAGGUGCACACAACAAAUAACACAAAUUAAUAUAUGGGAGGGCUUCGUAGCACCAUGAUCAGAAUAUCGACAAGAAUAUAAGAUUAAAAUAGUGCUCUGAAAUAUAUGAUUGUCAAAUUUUCGGUAACUGAGUACCUUCUUCAGGGCAAGCAGAUUCAGUUCACAAAUUAAAAUAUUUUGUUGCUUCAUCUGAUUGGACGUUUCAAAGUCAUUGGGUUGAUCUAGGCUGACAGAAGAGAAUGAAAUGUUGACAUUGUGUAAUAUGUGAAUGUAAUUUUGCAAAAAAAAAAAAACAACCUAAACUGGAUGUUGUAUUUUCAAACUUUGUAUUUCAAAUUGUCAGUAUCAUACUUUUAGAAUCAUACAUUGUACCCGAGCAUAUGAACUAUGUACUCACUGUGUAUGGACUAGUUCAUAUGGUGUCUCUAUUAAGAUUAUGCUUCACAUUAAACCAGCUUAUUCCUAGAAGGUUACAAUUGGUUCUUGGCUGACGUUGGGCAUAUAUUAUAGGACAGGAAGGAUAUCAUCAGUGGGAAGAUGCACUAUUGGAUCAGCCUCCAACUUGACACAAGUAUGCCGAUCACGGUAUCCAUGAAUCAAAGUGACGACAAAGAAGUCAUGAACGGAAAAAUUCCAAUUUGAUUACGGUUGAAAUAGUAAACCAGCAUUUAUGUAUCUGUGGUUUUUAAAAUGAUCAAUUGUUGCAUCUGUCCUUGAUUUGAAAAAAAAUAUGGAACUGAUGAGGUGGUGUUAGCUUUAUUUGAUACAAAAUCUAUGCAGAAUUAAUGUACAGUAAUCGACAGUUAUACAUAAAUUGUUUCUGGUAAUAAAAAUAUUAAAUGCAUUAUA